AGUGUUCCAUAAGAUAUGUAGCAUUUAGGUAUUAAUAUUUACACUUUAGGUACUAAUAUGCACAUUUAAGAAACUAAAAUGCACUCUUUACGGGAAAAUAAGGUACAAAGGUAUGUCUUUUGAAAAAGUACACGCCCCAUUGACAGCUUGCGUAUAAGUUCACAGUACUAGCCCUUCCCUGGAACCACAUUCCACCAUACAUUUUGUCAUGGUUCUCUGUGCUAUAUUUCCCUGGCAAUAAAAGAGUAAAUAUGUUGACACUCCUGUUAUUGUGUUCCUGCUUUUUUUUAACAGACAACUGCUGAAUUUUAGCUCUGUGAUCAAGAACAUCUAUAAUCUACAUUCAUCUAAAGUAGAAAUGAAACAAAGCUAAAGCUAAAGUGCUAUUACUGAGGACAGCUGUGUUUGUUCAACUGCAUGUCAUGUGGGAACGUCGUUUUCAGAGCGGUAUGGACAUGUUCUUCACUCACAAGCUGACAUAAAAUAGGAGAACAACAGACAUGGUCACGCCAUCUAAGAAAUCAAAAGCACCAGUCUGCAGGUUAAGACCCUAUGCAUUACUACAGGCUUGUGCUCUUUGGACAUUGUUUUGUUUGGCUCUAUGGGCAUUGCAUGAUGGGAACCACAUCAAACUAUUUCAGCCCACCAGACCUAAACCAGUUCAAAAUAACAGUUCAUCCAUAAUAUCCGCGUUUGACAUGGGAAUCAGUGAUGAGGAGUGGGAAAGACUACAGAAGGCUAUUGACUGGCCUAUUCCAGAUCAAGAAAUCACUCGUCUGGAUCAGAGCACGAGUCCAGUCCACUCAACUUUCUCUAUUGUGGGACUCAAAGAGAGUUACAAAGUGGGAGAAAACAUCUAUGUUACUAUCACAGCCAGAGACCACAACAAGAAUCUGAAAAGAUAUGGAGGAGAUUUUUUCAAAGCAAAACUUUUCAAUCUAGAGUUAAAGGCGAGUGUGUACGGGGAAGUUGUGGAUCAUCGUAACGGGACUUACUCUGUUGCGCUUCUUCUGCCCUGGGAGGGUCAGGCACAAGUUUCUGUACGUCUUGAGCACUCCAGUGAGGUUGUGCAGAUUCUUAAAAAAUACAGAGACUCUUCAUUCCCACGCAGCCACUAUAAUGGCUACUUUGAAGGGCCAGGACUCAAUAAAACCAGGAUCAGUGAAGUAGUAGAAUGUAAUCUUAAGUGGGGUGCAGAUGGAAGUUGGAGGAAAGGCGACUGCUGCUGUGAGUAUAAGGAUAUAAGAACAGGGACGGUGUGGCAGUGUGAGAGACCGAAGGAACUUUCCUGUGACAAACUGGUUCAUCACUCAUACGGACAUUUGGAAAGCCCAUUAAAUCAUUUUGAGCAGCAGCUUUUUACAAAGAACUUAACAAAUAUUGCUAUUAGCGGAGACAAAAACAUCAUAAAUGUCCUUCCCAAUACUGCAUCCAUUGGCACAAUGGAGAAAUGCAGGUCUGGCAUGACAACACCAGUUCCUGCGGGAUUUUAUUUGAAAGAUGUCUGGAAGUCUUUUGUAUGCAACACUCGACAGUUCAGUCCUGCUCAAAUGGGAUACUGUCUUAAAAACAAGAUUGUCUAUUUGAUGGGAGACUCCACCACAAGGCAGUGGUUUGAGUACUUAGAAAGAAAUGUGCCAGGCAUAAAGAGAAUGGACCUCCACACUCCUCCUGCAAAUGGCCCACUGAUGGCUGUUGAGUUGGAAAAUAACAUCAUUAUUCACUGGAGGCCACACAGCGUUCCUGUGCGAUUUAGUAAAAUGCCUAUUACUAAUCUGCACUAUAUCAGCAAUGAUAUUGAUGAAUUAGCCGGUGGGCCUCAUGUAGUCAUUGUCUUCACUUUCUUUGCUCACCUGGUUUUUCAUCCAAUAACAUUUUACGUGUAUGAAGUGGCCAAAAUCCGCCAGUCUGUGGUUGCACUGCUGAGCCGCGCUCCAGAGACCACCGUUAUCAUCAAGUCUGCAAACACUGCUGGACUAAAGAAUAUUUAUCAAAGUGACUGGCACAUGUUGCAGUUGGACACAGUGAUGCGGGAGAUGUUCAGAGACAUUGAUGGAGUCAUCUUCUUAGAUGUCUGGCAGAUGACUUCCUGUCACUAUCUACGUGAACACAUUCACCCAGGACCUGUCAUCAUUGCUAAUGAAGUCAACAUGUUUCUCUCAUAUGUUUCUCCAACCUGCAGCCUGUUCAAGUUGAUUUUGUUCCAUAAAGAAAAUGGGAAACUAACCUGGGCAAGGGAAGGCUAACUGUCUGACUCUCUGGCAGGCUUCAAUAUUAUUUGACUUUAUUAACCACUAUCAGUUCAAAAAUUAAACUAGUCUCCCUAAACCAGCUGAAAUUCAGAGAAGGUAGUUUUGAAUCGUUGCUCAGUAUGAUGAGCACUUUGUGAGGUGUUAUUAAUCGAAAGUUUAUAAUUACAAUAGCUCUAUGAUUAUACAGUACAGGAUCCAGCAUUGUCAUAAUUUAUGAAGGAUUUUAAAAGCAUGAUAAGACACAAACAUUUUGAACUACUGUUUCAUUUAAACACAGAGAGACAUCAAUAAUCAGUGCAUGAAUCAUCAUAAUCCAUCGGCACGUCACAUGCCACUCUCCAUUGACACACGUCAGUGAAAACCGGAAGUGUCAAGGGAUGUGCCACUGAGCAAAAGUGGCAUGUACCAGUGGCUUCCGUGCGUCAGAUGCCAUGUCACUUAAUGCUAAGACAGCUUCUGUCCAGGAGGGCUGCAUCAGUGUUCCACUACAGCACCACAAUGGUCAAACUGCGUUAUUGCAGGCCUUUACAUUAGGUCAAAUGACAUCAAAAGACUAUUCGACAACAACAUUUUUUUUUUGUUUAGAGCAUUGUCGAUAAUGUCAACUAAUCGUUCCAGCCCUAAACACUGAGGAACGAUAUCACUGGGAUAUCCCCCCUCCCCUCUCCCCCAAAUGAUGAAGAUAAAAACACUGACAGCCAAUCAGAAUCUACCUGACUUUAAAUCGCACGAUAACAUGAAGUUAUUUUACUUUGUGACAUCUGUCUUGUCCAUCUCAUGUCCAGUAUUUUCCUGCUUAAAUGUAUCAAAUAAAGAGGAGC